UAUGAGGGUGGUAAUUGUAACAUUUUCGUGGCUUCUUAUGUUUUCUUUCAUAGGUUUGAUGUUUCAUAGUAUUGAUGUUACAUCACUAGAUUCUUCUAGAAGUGAAGGAGUUCAAGAAACAAGAAACAAAACUACCAAUAGUGUAGUAAUCAACAACAAAGGUAAAGACAAUGGUAGUGGUGGUUAUGGGUGGGGGUUUGGUUGGGGAUGGGGAGGUGGCGGUGGAGGUGGUGGUGGUGGUGGUGGAGCUGGCGGAGGGGGAAAACGAGGAGGUGGAGGAGGAGGAGGUGGUGGUGGUGGUGGAGGUGGUGGAUGGUGGAGAUGGGGAUGUCAAAAACACCCAAGAAGGAGAAAUCAUCGCCAUUAUGUUCAUCAUGGCGAGCAUAGAAAUUUUAAUCCAACCGGAGAAAAUUAUUAUGUCAUAGGGGAGUUUGCCGAAUGCAUGGGAGUAGGCCCAUGUAAAGGGAUGAAAUUGGAUUGCCCGCUUCAUUGUGGCGGCCCGUGUUUCUACGAUUGCACUUAUAUGUGCAAGCCUCAUUGUCACCGCCGCCGCCACCACCACUAACACUUCUUGUGGUUUCAUUCAUGUUUUAUAUUUCCAUUUUCAUAUCAAUUUUCUUACAUUUGAUUGGUUUCAUUCAUGUUUUAUAUUUUGCCUUUUCAUAUCAAUUUUCUUACAUUUGAUUG